UAUUAGAUUAGGCAUAUUAUUAAAAUGGAGAGAAUCUUGCGAGGUAUUAUGAGAUAUCGAGUGCUUGAUAGAGCGAGCAUGGUAAACCAAUUUCAAGAAGUACGCGACAAUCCAGUGCCCAAAGCAAUUUUUUAUACAUGCAUGGACAGCAGGAUGAUUCCCACAAGAUUCACAGAAACAAGCGUCGGCGACAUGUUUGUGGUGCGAAAUGCUGGAAAUCUUAUUCCGCAUUCUGAAUAUUUUGUAGAUGAAAUGACAAGUUGUGAACCAGCAGGACUAGAGCUAAGCUGUAUCGUAAAUGAUAUAAGGCAUGUUAUAGUUUGCGGGCAUAGCGACUGCAAAGCAAUGAAUCUAUUAUAUAGACUUAAGAGUAAAGAAGAAUCUAAUCUCGAACAACGAAGAAUAUCUCCCCUUAAGUCGUGGAUAUGUGCGCAUGGCAAAACCAGCCUGAAUAAAUUUCUACAAAUGAAUGGUGACUUUGAUAAGCCUAUGUUAUUCACAGCUGAAACUCCACAACGAAAAUUUGUUGCCUAUAUCGAUCCAGAAAAUAAAUUUUGCAUUGAAGAUAAACUAUCACAGGUCAACACUCUGCAACAGUUACAAAAUAUAGCUUCAUACGGAAUGUUAAAGAAGCGAUUGGAGAAACACGAUUUACACAUUCAUGCACUUUGGUUUGAUAUAUACACUGGGGAUAUUUUUUACUUCAGUAGACGAGCUAAAAGGUUUAUUAUAAUAGAUGAAUCGACAUAUGAAAGUAUUUUGGCUGAAAUCCGACGAUAUUAUUCAUAGUGGUAAUUCGCGAAUCAACGUUGACACCCAGGUGUAACUCUAAACCUAAUAAAAAAUAUGUAUAAAGUCCAAGAUGGGACCAAAUUUUAUGUAAUAGGAACUAUAGAAAGCACGAUAGUUAUUGGUAAUUUGCCAUAUUCUAGAAAUUAAUGAAAAUGUCGCAGUUAUCCUAUGUCUAAAGCGUAAUCUGUCUCAGUCUUGAUUGUCGCUACAAACCUAGUACAAUCUGUUUCUACAAAUGGAAAUGAAUAUUAUAUACAAACUUUAUAAAUAAUACAUACACCGAGAUGUAUCUAUCAAUUCCAAAUGUAAUUAACGUGGUUUUUUUACAUAUAUUCACGUGGUUUAUACAGUUUAUGUUUUAAA